CAUUCUAUGUUGAGUAGUAGUGAACUGUGGAACCAGUGGUUAACCUCGGACACCCAGGCUUUAAGGUAGGCUCUAUCUAAGAAGUCUGCAGUGUGUUGAAGCCAUACUCAACAUGGACCAGAAGGCUCUAAAGAAACUGGUAGAAUCCAUUAGUAAUACUGUUAAGACCUUCAAGAAAAAUGAAAUAGAGUGUCUUAUAAGACUUUUUCACAGCUUGGUAAAAGCAACGGAUAAAAGACUUGAUAACGUUGGACUAGAUUGUAAUGCAUUUCGAGGGAUCCUGUACAACGUAUUUGGAAUGACUGAUGAUAUGCUAAUGAAUAGGGUAUUCUUUGCAUUUGACAAAGACAAAGAUAACUGCAUAAAUGUAAAAGAGUGGAUUAAAGGAUUAUCAGUGUUUCUUCGAGGGACUUUUGAAGAAAAGCUGAAGUUUUGUUUUGAAGUUUAUUAUUUGAAUGGUGAUGGCUACAUUUCUCGGGAGAAAAUAUUUGACAUGUUGAAGAACAGUCUGCACCAGCAGUCAUCUGAAGAAGAGGGUGAUGAAGGAAUAAAAGAUCUGGUUGAUAUAGCACUGAGGAAAAUGGAUUAUGACAAUGAUGGCAAGAUAUCUUUCGCAGACUUUGAAAAAGCAGUGAAAGAAGAGAGACUUUUGUUGGAAGUAUUUGGACCAUGUUUACCAGAAGCAAAGAAAUGUCUUGAUUUUGAAGCUCUGGCAUUCAGACAUAUACUGUCUUCCAGUUUUUGAAUGUCAAUCACUCAAUACUUGUAUUAAAAUGAGAAAUAGA